AUGGACAAGGUCAAAGUAUUUAAGGCUCAUUCGGAUUACAUUAGGUGUGUUGCUGUCCAUCCGACCCUCCCUUAUGUGUUGUCAUCUUCUGAUGAUAUGCUCAUAAAGCUUUGGGACUGGGAAAAUGGUUGGGCCUGUACUCAGAUAUUUGAGGGACAUUCGCACUAUGUGAUGCAAGUGGUUUUUAAUCCAAAAGACACCAAUACUUUUGCCAGUGCAUCGCUUGACCGUAGCAUAAAGAUAUGGAAUCUUGGUUCCCCAGACCCAAAUUUUACACUGGAUGCUCAUCAGAAAGGAGUCAACUGCGUGGAUUAUUUCACAGGGGUAUGGGACUAUCAAACUAAAAGCUGUGUCCAGACCCUAGAAGGUCACACCCACAAUGUAUCUGCAGUAUGUUUCCAUCCAGAGCUUCCAAUAAUACUCACAGGUUCUGAGGAUGGCACUGUUCGCAUUUGGCACGCCACGACUUACAGGCUAGAGAACACAUUGAAUUAUGCUCUCGAGAGAGUCUGGGCCAUUGGUUACGUAAAAAGUUCGCGCAGGGUUGUGAUUGGAUACGAUGAAGGAACCGUCAUGGUUAAACUUGGACGAGAAAUUCCUGUCGCUAGCAUGGACAGUAGUGGAAAAAUCAUAUGGGCUAAGCAUAAUGAAAUCCAAACUGCAAACAUCAAAAGCAUUGGUGCCAGUUAUGAGGUUACUGAUGGAGAAAGACUUCCCUUGGCUGUUAAAGAUCUGGGGACCUGUGAUCUUUAUCCACAAAGCUUGAAGCACAACCCUAACGGGAGGUUUGUCGUAGUCUGCGUUGAUGGAGAGUACAUAAUCUACACAGCUUUGGCUUGGAGAAAUAGAUCUUUCGGUUCUGGACUGGAAUUUGUUUGGUCAUCUGAGGGGGAAUGUGCAGUUCGAGAGAGCUCGUCAAAGAUAAAGAUAGUCAAUAAAAAUUUCCAGGAAAGGAAGAGUAUUCGGCCUACUUUCUCAACUGAGAAGAUUUUUGGAGGAUCCUUGUUAGCAAUGUGUUCAAAUGAUUUCAUCUGCUUUUAUGAUUGGGCUGAAUGUAGAUUGAUUCAGCGAAUUGAUGUCACAAUAAAGAAUCUUUAUUGGGCAGAAAGUGGCGAUUUAGUAGCAAUUUCUAGUGAUACGUCAUUUUACAUCCUGAAGUACAAUCGUGACUUGGUUUCCUCGCAUUUUGCUAGUGGAAGAUCAACUGAUGAAGAAGGGGUUGACGAUGCUUUUGAGGUGCUCCAUGAGAACGAUGAACGUGUUAGGACAGGUGUAUGGGUUGGGGACUGCUUCAUUUACAACAACUCUUCUUCGAAGCUUAACUAUUGUGUUGGAGGCGAGGUAACUACAAUGUAUCAUUUGGACCGUCCAAUGUAUUUGUUAGGCUAUAUUGCCAAUCAAAGCCGGGUCUACUUGGUAGACAAAGAAUUCAAUGUCAUAGGAUAUACUCUGUUACUUAGCCUGAUUGAAUACAAGACUCUUGUGAUGCGAGGUGAUUUGGACAAAGCCAACGAAAUUUUACCUACAAUUCCUAAAGAGCAGCAUAACAAUGUUGCGCACUUCUUGGAGUCUCGGGGAAUGAUUGAGGAUGCUUUAGAAAUCGCCACAGAUCCUGACUACAGAUUUGAGCUGGCCAUUCAAUUGGGUAGACUUCAAAUUGCUAAGGAAAUAGCUGAAGAAGUGCAAAGUGAGUCUAAAUGGAAGCAGUUAGGAGAGCUAGCCAUGUCUUCUGGCAAGCUUCAAUUGGCCGAGGAUUGCAUGAAGUACGCUAUGGAUUUGAGUGGUUUGCUACUACUAUAUUCUUCUUUGGGAGAUGCAGAAGGGAUAUCAAAACUUUCAUCCCUUGCUAAGGAGCAGGGAAAGAACAAUGUAGCCUUUCUUUGCUUAUUCAUGCUGGGUAGAUUGGAAGAUUGUUUGCAGUUAUUGGUGGAGAGCAAGCGGAUACCAGAAGCUGCUCUGAUGGCACGGUCUUACCUUCCAAGCAAAGUUUCAGAGAUAGUAGCUCUUUGGAGGGAAGAUCUGAGCAAGGUUAAUUCAAAAGCAGCAGAAUCUUUGGCUGAUCCUGAAGAGUACCCAAAUCUUUUUGAGGAUUGGCAAGUUGCUCUUUCUGUUGAAGCGAAUGCUGUAGAGGCGAGGGGAGUAUACGCUGCUGCAGAAGAUUAUGCAACCCAGGCCGAUCAACCUUUCAUUACCCUCGUCGACGCCUUCAGAAACCUGCAACUUGAAGCAGAGGAACCACUUGAAAAUGGAGACAGCGAUCACGAGCAGAAGAAAAAUGGUCAUGCAGAGAAUGAAGGAGGCGAAGAGGAAGAAGAAGUGAAUCAAGAAGAGGGAGUUGUUGUUGAUGAAGACUCUACAGAUGGUAGUGCUGUACUUGUUAAUAGAAGUGAGGGUGAGGAAGAGUGGGGUACGAAUAAUAAAGGAAACCAAUCAUCAGCCUAA